CAUUCUCUAAAUGGCAGUAAUGUGUCCAAUGAUUCGAUGACCCUUCACAGCAUGCUAAGACAGGAGGCAUAAGGUGCUUAAUGAUGAACGAAUUAGGUUAAUCUCACUCCAUACAGCGUUCUUCACCACAGACACUCCUGAGCGAGAGAGAAAUGCAUUUCCAUAGAGGGACAUCACUACUCUUCAUUCUAUUUUGGCUGGAAGUGACUCAAGGUUCUAAAUCUUGGCAAGAUGAUUCACCAGCUGAUGGUGAGAAUGACACAUCUACAAAAGCCUUGGUUACCAAUGAGUGGCAUACUAAAGCCUGCAAAUGUGACUGCCAGGGGGGAAGUGGAUCAAUAUCAUCGAGAAUUACUGCACUAGAUUGUAUGCCAGAAUGUCCUUAUCAUAAAGCUAUGGGAUUUGAAUCAGGAGCUGUCGGAUCAGAUCAAAUCACUUGCUCCAACCAAGAACAAUACACAGGCUGGUACUCAUCCUGGACUCCAAACAGGGCCCGACUUAAUGGGCAAGGAUUUGGGUGUGCAUGGUUAUCCAAAUUUCAAGACAAUGGGCAAUGGCUUCAGAUUGAUCUAAAAGAACUAAAAGUUAUUUCUGGAAUUAUGACCCAAGGAAGAUGUGACACGGAUGAAUGGAUGACAAAGUACAGUGUCCAGUACAAGAUUGAAGAAAGCCUGAAUUGGGUUUACUACAAAGAUCAAACUGGAAACAACCGAGUCUUUUAUGGAAAUUCGGAUCGAACAUCUACAGUGCAAAAUUUCCUUCGACCACCAAUCAUAUCCCGCUUCAUAAGGAUCAUCCCUUUGGGUUGGCAUGUCCGCAUCGCUCUGCGAAUGGAGCUUCUGGAAUGCAUGAGCAAAUGUAGCUAAGCUGCUGACAAUUUAUUAUAUAAAUCAUCUGAUUGAAAAGUAAAUACUGUUGGAUCAGGUCAUAAAGUCUUAGCAGCUAUGUCACUUGGAACAUUUGUUUUGUAAAUGGCUUGUAGAUGUGAAAAAAGGUGCAGUUAAAGAUAAUAAGUAUGAAUAAAUGUUAUUCGAAAUGUGGAAUCACCUGUUUCCAGUGUAGAACAUCACUAUUUUCUCCAAAUAUAUGGCUCAU